AUGUCUCCGCCGACUACGGAACAAUGGCUUGAUAUAGCUGAACAUUUUUAUACAAGUACGAACUUUCCUAAUUGUCUUGGGAGUAUCGACGGGAAACACAUAAGGUGUAAAAAUCCACAAAACUCAGUUUUGUUUGUAUUGAUGUCGGGGCAUUUGGACGAGAAUCUGAUUCUAAUGUGUUUAAGCAAUGUCCAUUUGGAAAAAAAUUGUAUGCCAAUCAGCUUAAUAUUCCUGAACCUAAGUGCUUACCAAAUACCGAUGACUCUCCUCAACCUUACGUUUUUGUUGCUGAUGAAGCUUUUGCACUGCACAAAAAUUUACUCAGAUCUCAGACCAUAUCCAGGCCGUGGGCUUACAAAUACUCGUCGUAUAUUCAACUAUAGGCUUUCAAGAGCAAGAAGGACGGUUGAAUGUGCAUUUGGCGUACUUUCAAAUAAGUGGAGAGUGUUACAUACGCCACUAUUGGUUGAACCAGAUUUUGCGGACGACAUCAUAAAAGCAUGCUGUAUACUACACAACUUUGUCCGCAAAAGAGAUGGUUAUAAUUUCGAGGACAUGGAUACUAGCUAUUUGGUAGAUGGUUUAUCUAAUAGAGGACCGGGAGUACGAUCUCAAGGAAUUGAGGUCAGAGAUUCUUAUGCAGAGUAUUUCAUGGGACCAGGAUCCGUACCAUUCCAGUAUAACAAAAUAUAA